AUGUUCGCUGAAUAUCAGAAAGAGCGAUACGAUCGAGCAAAAGCCUUCGCCGAGCUUUCCGGCAAAGCGACUGGAGUGAACUCGUACGACACGUUACUCGGCAGGGUACUCGCGACCUAUUUGGCCCCGAUGCUCUACGAAGUUCAAGUCAAGAAGCUGGCUACAGCUUCUGUGAAGGCACCUAAGCUAGGCUAUAUGGCGGUGCGGACUAUCGACGAGAGCGCACCGGGGUGGCUAUUAGCGAAGCAGGAUGAGAUGAAGUCGAACACUCGGCUGUUGCUGUGUGCUGGCAUCAGCGCAGUGGCAACUGGGCUGGCUUUCCAGCAUUUUGGACUUUCGAAGCUCUAA